GUUUUAUUUUCUGUAUUUUUCAUUUGGUCAAUUGGGUUAACUAGUUGAUUAUACGACGAUUAAUAAGCCUACCUGUCUGAGCUAUGUUCAAAUUCUGGAAUUCACAUGAGCAACAAGCUCAGCCGCAUGCGCAAGAGGGUUCUUCACACUCUUGGUAUCCUUCUUCUGUUGUUGGCUCCUCUAAUUCUUCCCGACCCAGGACUCCGAGUAACAAUGCUUCCAGCAGCUUCAACUCGCAGAGGCCUGCAGAGUGGUCGCAUUCUCCCCCACCUGUUUCGCCUGCUGAAGCUGCUGGAGUCGUCGGUCUUUUAAAGGACAAAAGUGUUGAUGAAUUACGGAAGCUUUUAUCUGACAAGGACGCAUACAAUCAGUUCUUACAAUCAGUUGACCAGGUUAAACUUCAAAACAAUAUAAGAGAUGAACUUCGCAAGGAGACUUUGCAGCUUGCCAGGAACAAUUUGGAUAAAGAACCACGAAUAAUGGAGCUAAGAAACCAGUGCAGAAUUAUCUGCACAACCGAAUUGGCGGCGGCUCAGGAAAAACUAAACGAGCUCGAGAGACAGAGAGAUGAAACUCUGAAGUUCUACUCUUCUGCAUCAUUAAUGCAUAGGCUUCAAGAUGCAAUGAAUGUGACAGAAGAGGAAUCGGAAAUCGUGAACAGGCAGCUUCUUGACGGGGAAAUAGAUAUCGGCACCUUUGCGCAGAAGUACAAGAAGCUCAGGACCAGUUACCACCGGCGAGCUCUUAUUCUUCUUGCUGCUAAAACCUUUCCGAUUGGAUGACGAAAGUAACUGGAACUGGAGAUGGUUAUUGAUUGUAUCUAUGUACCUUACUAUUGAUAAAAACUGUCACCUGCUGCUUGUUGUAUGAAUAAUGAAAUCCAUAUAUUCUCAGUUUGAAACUCUCAACAUUUUACAAUAAAGUCUUUGUAGUUUUAUUGUGUUCAA